AUGGUGGGCGAAGGGUGGGAUCUCAGGGCAGUGGUGGAGGGAUUCUCUGGGUCAACGCCCAUGGCCGAUCCUUUCUCCUUCCCUCUUCAAGAGCUCCAGGGAUGGCUGAGAGAGGGAGAAGUCGCCGAAAAGGACGAACCCCUCUUCUGCUUCCCGGAUCAAGUCGCUGCCCAUAGAGCCUUCCAGGAGCUCGAGGAAUUCCUCAGGCCUUUCUUCCCCCAACCUCCCCCAAAUCAGAACCAGGGGAGCCCUUGCCCUUCUUCCUCUCACUCUUCUCCCCAGAAACUGCACCAAAUCCAGCAUCCCCAGAAGAAACCCACCAAGAGAAGGUCCACCCUCUCUCUCUCUCUCUCUCUCUCUCUUCUGGGUCUGAGUUUCUGAGUUUCUGGUUCGCUCACAAAUCCUCCCGUUCCCGGAAAUUCCGCAGGAAGAAGCAGCAGAAGAAGGUGGUGUGCGAGCUCCCCGCAGACUUCCUCUCCGAUGACGUGUGGGCAUGGCGGAAGUACGGCCAGAAGCCCAUCAAGGGCUCCCCCUAUCCAAGGUCAGUUCCGAUCACUGUAAAUGGCUGUACUUCCUCUCAAACGGCGAUGAAGCUGCCGUCGUUAACACCGUCGUCUUCUUCCACGGCCAUCGCAGGGGUUAUUACAGGUGCAGCAGCUCCAAGGUUUGCCCUGCGAGGAAGCAGGUCGAGCGCAGCAGGACCAACCCCGAGAUGUUCAUCAUCACCUACACGUCGGAGCACAACCACGAAGCCCCCGCUCACCGGAACUCCCACGCCGGCGGCGCCGCCCGACCGAAGUCGCCGCCGCGCUUCUCUGCCACCGCCGAUAAAGCUCCACUCUCUUCUCCCCCCGCCGGAGAUGGCGAUUCUCCGGCCACUCCGCCGCCGCAACGGCGGCAGGGAGAAGAGGAGGCGGAGGAGGACCUUGUCGUGGAAGACGUGGACGUGUUGGGGGACUUCGUAUCUAUGGACUUGGAUCAGCUGAUCGAAGACGCCAGCUCGUAUCCCGCCGUCGCCUCCCCCGCCGGUUUCGCCGACGACCUCUUCGACCACUUCGGCUUCGUGUCUCCGCCGUGGAUCGCCGGCAGUUGA